CACACUACCUGCAGCUUCUAGCCCCCAACUAAAUUUUAAUUAAUCGCACUUGAGCACUAGUUGGGGUAUUACCUGAUUUUUAUUUAAUAUUCUGCAGCUACAAAAUGACGAAGAGCCGUGUUUAUGUUGUCGGUGUUGGAAUGACCAAGUUCGAGAAGCCCGGACGCCGAGCUGAUGUGUGCUAUCCGGAUUUCGCGAAGGAGGCCAUUACAAAAGCUCUCCAGGAUGCGGGCAUCAAGUACGAGGAAGUGCAGCAGGCCGUGGCUGGAUACGUUUAUGGUGACUCCACCUGCGGGCAGCGAGCCAUUUACGAGGUUGGAAUGACCGGCAUUCCGGUCUACAACGUGAACAACAAUUGCUCCACAGGAUCGAGUGCUCUUUACUUGGCCAAACAGAUCGUCGAGAGUGGAAACGCGGAAUGUGUUUUGGCGGUGGGAUUCGAGAAGAUGGAACGUGGAUCUCUGUCCUCCAAAUACUUUGACCGCGCCAAUCCCAUGGAGCGCCACAUCAGCGAGAUGAGUGAGCUGACCGAGAUCGGAGCUGGACCCAUGGCUGCACAGAUCUUUGGCAACGCUGGCAAGGAGCACAUGAAGAAAUAUGGCACCAAGCCUGAGCACUUUGGCAAAAUCGCCUGGAAAAACCACAAGCACUCAGUUAAUAAUCCCUACUCGCAGUUCCGCGAUGAAUACACCCUUGAGCAGAUUAUGAAGUCGCCCCAGGUUGUGGAGGGUGUUUUGACGAAACUGCAGUGCUGUCCUACAUCCGAUGGAUCCGGAGCUGCCAUCCUGGCCUCCGAGGCAUUCGUGCAUCGUCAUGGACUGGAGAAGCAGGCCGUGGAGAUUGUGGGCAUGGAGAUGGCCAGUGAUCCGGCUUCCACCUUCGCCGACAAGAGCCUAAUGAAGAUUGCGGGAACCGACAUGACCCGCCUGGCUACUCAGCGUCUGUUCGCCAAGAGCGGUUACAAGCCGCAGGAUGUCCAGGUGGUGGAGCUGCACGAUUGCUUCUCGGCCAACGAGUUGGUAACCUAUGAAGCACUUGGACUGUGCGGAGAAGGCAAGGCUGGCGAAUUCAUCGAUGCCGGAGACAAUACCUACGGUGGAAAGUUCGUGGUCAACCCCAGUGGUGGUCUGAUCUCCAAGGGUCAUCCUUUGGGAGCCACUGGACUGGCCCAAUGUGCUGAGCUCUGCUGGCAGCUCCGUGGAUUGGCGGAGAAGCGCCAAGUACCCAAUGCCCAGUUGGCUCUGCAGCACAACCUGGGACUGGGAGGAGCUGUGGUGGUGGCUCUGUACCGCCUGGGUUUCCCUGCUGCUAAUAAUGUAGUGCGCAAUCUUACUGCUGCCGGUAAGGCUGCGACUAGCGAAGAUGGCUUUAAGGUGGCUCCCUUACUGAAAAUUCUGGAGCAAGCCAUGCAGGAGGAUAAGGACAAUCUGAUCGAGAAGGUCCGCGCCAUUUACGGUUUUAAGGUGAACAAUGGACCCAACGGUCAGACCGGAUUCUGGGUCAUUGAUGCCAAGCAGGGCAAGGGAAAGAUCAUCUUUAAUGGAACACAAAAAUGUGAUGUCACCUUUAUCAUCAGCGACGAUGAUGUCUUCGAACUGCUCACUGGAAAGUUGCCACCGCAGAAGGCCUUCUUCCAGGGCAAGAUCAAGAUCCAGGGCAACAUGGGCUUUGCCAUGAAACUGAUGGAUCUGCAACGAUCCGCUCAAGGAAGGAUUGAGGAGCUGCGCUCCAAGCUGUAAGAACCUCGAAGGAUCUUUUUUUGCAUUCCCAGUUGCAAUAUCUUGGUGGCCUUGGAUCUGUUAAUUAUAUUAUUUUUGUAUUAUUUUCUAGAGAUUAAAAUGUUAUACUUGUAAUCCGAUAA